AUGAGAUUUGCGAACGCCAUUCUGGCCGCUGUGGCCAUCAACGGUGUCGCUGCCAGCACGUGGUUCCCUGGAUCGAAGCCAGUAUACAACAAGUGGCACGAAACGGAGCUGGAACGUUGGCUUUCUGAUCACGAUGUUCCUUACCCAACCCCGGCCGAUCGCAAGGAUCUCGAGUCCUUGAUUGAGAAGAACUGGGAUGCUUACGUCGUGUCACCCUACAAUAGCUGGGACACCAACCAGCUGAGUGCUUACUUGCAGUCCAAGGGCAAAGAGACGAAGAACGAAGCUUCUGCUUCCAAAGACAGUUUACUGUCACAGGUGAAGGCCAACUGGUACGAGACUGAAAACAAUGCCCACUCCGCCUGGCUCAGCGUCAAAGACUGGAUUCUUGACACUUGGACCGAAAGUCAGCUCAAGGCGUUUGCCGACAAGCAUGGAAUUCCUGCUCCCCAGCCUCGCCAGCGUGACACUCUUCUCCAGAAGGCUCGCUCCAACUAUGAGGCUAUUGCCAAGAAGGCUAACCAGGCUUCAUCUUACCCUGGCAACUGGCUCUACGAGACAUGGUCUGAAUCUGACCUCAAAGAGUGGCUUGACACCCACGGCUUCCCUGCUCCCCAGCCCAUGACCCGAGACAAGCUCAUCGCCUCCGUUCGACGCAACUCUCGUCUUGCGUACCUCAAGGCUCAGGACCAGGCCGCCAGCGCGACUGCCAGUGCUCAAGGCGCCUAUGCUACCCUCACCGACAUGAUUAUUGAUGCCUGGAGUGAAUCGCAGCUCAAGGAGUUUUGUGACAAGAAUGGCAUUGCUGUUCCCCAGGGAACCAAGGCCAACGAACUCCGUGCCCUCGUCCGCAAGAACAGAGCUGAUAUCCUUGGCGACAACCUUUCUGCGAGUGCUGCCUCUGCCUACGGUGCUGCCACCUCCAACGCUCAGAACCAGUACGCAAAGGCUACCGACAGUGCAUCACUCGCUGCUCGGGAUGCCUUUAACCAGGCUUUGAGCACUUGGUCUGACACCCGCCUCAAGUCAUACCUGGACGCUCGAGGUGUUCCAGUUCCCCAGGGCUCAAAGAAGAACGAGCUCGAAGCCCUUGUCCGCAAGAACGCACAUAUCGCUGCCCAUGGUGGAAAUGCUUGGACAUUUGAUGACUUUAGCUACGAUAACUUGAAGAAGUACCUUGAGCGCAAUGGAGAUGCCGCUGCUAAGCAGGUUGCCGAGAAGAAGGAUGCCACUCGUGAUGAACUUUACGACGCUGCUCAGUCCGCCUACUCUUCCGCCUCAUCGGCAGGCGGAUCAAACUGGGCUUCUGCCACCAGUUAUCUUACUUCCGCUACCAACUCUGCUAAGCAGUCUGCCUUCGAUGAGUGGACUGAGACCGACCUCAAGGCUUACCUCGACAGUUAUGGCGUCCCAGUCCCACAGGGAUCUAAGCUAGAAGAUUUGAAAGCCGAGGCUCGAAAGCAAGCCACCUACUUCAAGUAUGGUACCAGCUCACCAUCCGGAACACUCUUCGCUAAGCUCGGAGACACUGCUCGUGACACCUACAACUGGGUUGCAAGCCAGCUCCAACUCGGCGGGCAAGUCGCGAAACAGAAGGCUGCCGAGGCGGAGGCAGAGGCCAAGGCCAAAAUUCGAGAGGAACUGUAA